CUUUCAGAAUAUGUUUGUUGGAGAGUACUCAAGAUAAAUCAAAAAUACACUUCAUGUUUUAAUAAAUUUGACAACAUUGGAAUCAUUAUGUCUUUUACUGUUUUUAUCUGGUAUCAAGAACAAAUAGGAGCAGAGUAGCUCAGUGAGUAGGGUACUAAAUUCAUAAGCUUGAGAUCCGUGUUGGAAUCCGGCUAAUGACAGUUAAUUUUUCAUUAGCAGUGGAUUAACUCUGGCAUUGGAAGAUCUUUCUGGGGUACACCCAACCUUCAUAAAGUGGUUACUCAUAAUUAAAUAAUUAACUAAGAGGGAAAAACCUGGUGGUUGAGAGAUCCCAGCCCGAUCAACUCCCUGCACAACCAUUGGCCUUGAAAAUACUUCCUUACAAGAUACUGAAUGCAAGACCCUUCAGGAGUUGUAGUGAUACAAGUUUAUCAAGAACAAAAGCAAAAAAGAAAAGACUUAUUUUUAAAAAUAUAUCAUUUUUCAAAUAAUAUUUAUCAUUACAAAAGCUGUUGAUGUUUUCUUAAAGAUUAAAUGAGUAUAAUUUUGCCUUUCUGUUUAAAAAAGAUGUAAUUUUAAUGAAGUAUAAUAUUUUAUUAUUUUACAUAAUAAUAAAUUCUUUUAAAUUAUAUAAGUUCAUAAGAUAUUUUAACAUUCUGGUCUUUUUUUAAAUUAUCCAUUUCACGAUCUGUUGAAUAACAUGUUGAAAUUUGAUAUCACACAUUUUGGCCAUUUGGGCUAAAUUGCAUGUUUUUGUUUUUUCUUACAUGAUAUUGCAUAGUUUGCAUUUUAAGGCUGAAUUUUAAAUUUAAUAGCAUGCAAUUAAAUUCAUGAAAUAAAUUUCCUUUGUUACAUAUAGAUUUAAAGCUAUGCAUGUUAAUAUUUAUUUACUUUUAUUAUUUAUUUCUAUAUUGGAUUUAUAAUUAAGAACAGCGGUGUCCAACCUAUCCUCCACUAUAAAUUAUAUGCUGAAGGUUCUGAAUUUGCUUAUGAACAGAGUGUAGGUUUUAAGUUUGUUGUUCUUAAUUUUUUUAUCUAUAAUUACUUUCUAGGAUGAAAGUUUAUUUUAGAUACAUGUUUAAUAUAGGUACCAAAUUCACUCUCCAAGUAUAAUAUCAUUUAAUUGUAUGAAUAACAUUAUAAAUUUGGGUGAGGUAAUAAUUUUAUUAUACUUUAAAUUUAACGUCGGUACAUACAGCCAAAGCUCCUUAUGCUCAUGUUUUAGUUAUUUGCGGUCCCAUACAUAGAAAUAGAAAUAGAAAAUAACUUUAUUCUGGGACAAAGUCCCUUUAGAAUAACAAAAUAGAACAUAAUUAAAAUACUACAUCUGGCCAAAAUAAAACAAUAAUAAAAAAGAGAAAGUAAAGAAAAUAUUAGUUAAACAAGCUAUAUACAAAAAAAAAAAAAUCUAUAUACAAAACACUUAAAACUAUGAUAAAACACUUAAGACUAUGUACAGUAAGGAAAAUUAUAAUUAUACUCUUUUGAAAAAUAAAAUAAUAAAAAAUACAUUGAGUUCUUCUUUAAAAUGAGGUGUGUUUCUGCUAACAAAGAAAAAACCAAAGCUGACAAUAUAAAAUAUCAGUGUCUUUAAAUAAUGAUUAAUAUGUAGACUCAUCGUUGUCAAAUGCUAGAGGUACAGAUUUAAUUAUAUACCAAUAAAAAAUAAUAAUAAAAAUAAAAAUAAAAAAAACAAACAAUAGAUGCGGUCAGUGGCAUUAAGAGCCGGAAAAUAUUGUAAUAUCCCUAGUGAAGUUCACAGUAUAGAAUAGCACUAUCGUUUGAUGAUGACUAGAAAUGUAUAAUAUCGAAAGUUUAGCAAGUAUCUGACUGUUUUUGGGAUAGGAAUUGGAAUAGGAGGGAUUUGAAUGUGGAUAUGGAGGGAGAAUGCCGAAUUUUGAUAGGUAGAGAAUUCCAGAAAUUGACAGCGCGAGCUAUAAAGGAAUUCUGAAAUGAGGCAGAUCUGUGCGAAGGGAUGUAGAGGUCAGAAGGUCGAGAUCUUGUUGAAAGGGAAUGGACUGAGGACUUGAAUUGGACAUAUGUAUCAAUUGUCAAAAAAAAACGUUAGAUUUUGUACUGUUUUUUAUCGUUUUAGUGAACCUUAACUAUAUUUAAUCACUCGUGGUAAAUUGUUAAAUAGAAAAUUUUUUGCAGAAAAAUUUAAUUUAUUUUUUAGGGUAGGAUUAAAAAUAAUAAUCUAGACCAAAACAUAGCCCGAACCUCUAAUUGAUCUUAAAUAAUUCAACAGUAGUUUGUUAAUAUUCUCACUUAUUAAGUAAGUGAAGUGUUAGAACAACAACAAUUAGUAAGGUAACAGUAUUUUAUAUUUUUGUUCUCUUGCAGUUGACAUUGUUUAUACCUAAAGACAUCAUUUAAAAUAAUACGUCAAACUCAAAAGACUUAUUAAAAGGAUGGGGCUACUUCUGUUUAUCUUUAAAAUCCUCUGCAUAGAUUUCAUCAAACUUAAGAGUAUUGCACAAUAUCGUUAAGAAAAAUGUAGUUGGCAUUUCCAGUCUUUUGUUAUCAACCCUUGAACUACCUGAAGUUGAAUAAAAAAAAUAAGUAAAUAAACAUUUGAAGUGCCACAUCAUUCAACUGGUGAUCAUUUAAUUUUUUUACAUUAGGAUUAAACAGAUAAAUAUAUAAAGAAAGAAAUAUCAACAAUAAUAGCCACUUCUUCUGUAUUUUCUAUCUGAUAACAAUGAUCCAGAGCUUAUUAACUUUUAUUUUACUCCUUGUCCAGGUGUUUGAUAGCCAUGAGGCUGUCCCCCAUCCUCACCACCAUUGGGGAAUGUACAAAAAUCUUAAAGGAAAUAUGGUUUAUGUAAAUUUUGAAAAUGCCAAUUCUCCAACUAAGGAGCUGGAGGUUAUAGAUGUAGAUAAAGUGCAGUUCCAUUUAUAUACCAAGAAAAAUCCCAAGGUGUCUCAAAGGCUUUAUCUAAAUGAUUCAUCUGCUUUAAAUUCGUCUAAUUAUGUUCAUGAGGACGAGACCAAAUUUAUUGUUCAUGGAUUUCUUAACGAUAUCAACUCUGAAACCAUACAGAACAUAAAAAAUAAUUUAUUAGACCACAGUUCCGAGGGGUACAAUAUAAUAGGUGUAGAUUGGAGUUAUUAUACCAUGAUUUAUACCAACGUUUUAUAUAAAUCAGAAGGAGUUGGAAACAUUAUUGGAAAAUUGGUGGAUUUCUUGGUUGAGAAAGGAAGUAAAUUAGAAAAUAUACAUCUUAUAGGACACAGUUUGGGAGCACAGGCUUGCGGAUUUGCAGGAGCAUCUUUGAAAACCGGAAGAGUUGCCAGGAUCUCAGGCUUGGAUCCAGCAUUGCCUGGGUUUGAUGAUGCAGACCCGGAUAAGAGAUUGGAUGGCCAAGAUGCUCUGUUUGUCGAUUGUAUCCACACCUGCGGUGGUAACUUGGGAAUUUUCGAUCCAAUUUGUACAGCCGAUUAUUACCCAAAUGGAGGCCAGGAACAACCAGGUUGUAGCUGGUUUGAUUUUGAACUUCUGGAGCAAGAAGAGGUUAACGUCAUUUUGGUUGAUUGGAGUGAAAUAUCAAAAGGAAUAGAUUACAUUAGUAUAGCAAAGAGGACAGUAGAUGUCGGGACUUACGUGGCAUGGUUUAUGGACUUUCUUGUCCGAAAUGGAGCCCGACUGGAUGAUUUCCAUCUGAUUGGGCACAGCCUAGGAGCUCAUGUAGCAGGUUUCGCUGGAGCGGCCGUGUCCAAUGGAACAGUCGCUAGGAUCACAGAUAAUUACGCAGCCUCUUUCCAUCGAGUGCCUUGCUCAGAGUGGCUCUUUUAUGUGUCAACUAUCAACCAUGAAAGACUCAUCACUCUUGUGUAUCACCAAGGUCUGGACCCUGCCAUGCCUGGUUUUAACCAAGUGCCUUCAGACAAACGUCUGGAUCGCAGCAAUGCCAAGUUUGUAGACUGCAUUCACACUUGCGCUGGCAUGCUUGGCCUGACAGAAGCAAUAUGUACUGCAGACUUCUAUCCCAAUGGAGGAAGAAAUAUGCAGCCUGGCUGUCCUUUCUAUGACUUUGGGCGGUGUAGCCAUAAGAGGUCACAUAAUUACUUCACAGAGUCGAUAGAUCCGAAUUACAAGUUCCCUGCCUUACAAUGUGAAUCACUUCCUGAUGAUGCUAAAUAUCCUUCUUCAUGCUCUCCAAGUUCGGUUAAUAUGGGAUAUUACACACUCCGGGAAGGAUCAGACAUAAAGCAAGAAUUAAUUCCUAAUGACGUAAGCGUUCUUCAAUCAAGUUACUUUGAUCCAAAACAUCCCACUAAAGUUCUCAUCCAUGGGUUCUUAAGUAGUUCAAAUAAACCAAUGGUGCAAGAAAUAAAAAAUGCCCUACUGGAGCAAGAAGAUGUGAAUGUCAUAGCGGUAGAUUGGAGCAAAAUAUCCUUCGGAAUCGAUUACAAUAGGAUAGCAAAGAAAACAGUCGAUGUCGGAGCUUAUACUGCAGAGCUGAUCAAUUUUCUAGUCGAAAAUGGAGCCAAGCCAAAUGAUUUCCAUCUAAUUGGACACAGUCUUGGAGCUCAUAUCGCUGGAUUUGCUGGAGCAUCCAUAAAGAAAGGAAAAGUAGCCAGAAUUACAGGUCUCGACCCAGCCAAGCCAGGUUUCCAUAAUGUACCUAUUGAGAAACGUUUGAAUACCAACAAUGCCAAAUACGUUGAUUGCAUCCACACUUGUGUUGGUACACUAGGACUGACAGAGGCAAUCUGUACCACAGACUUCUAUCCAAAUGGAGGAAAGAACAUGCAGCCAGGCUGUCCUUUCUUUGACUUUGGACGAUGCAGCCAUAUAAGAUCCUAUGAGUACUUUGCUGAAUCAAUUAAUCCAGAACAUAAGUUCAUGGCUGAACGCUGCCCAUCUCUGCCGGUGCACAGCCACUCGGGAUGUACAUCUUCUCCUAUUGAAAUGGGAUAUUAUAUUUCACCCAGCGUCAACGGAAUAUUUUAUGGAAAAACCAACAACAGAUCUCCGUUUGCAACAAUCAUUAAAAGAAAGUGAAAAUGAUAAAAUUUUGUGAUGAAUAUACAAAUGAAAGCUCUAGAAUGGUGUUGAAUAUUCUUUUGAUUUGCCUCAAAAUACCUAAUGAAAAAAACUACUAUUUUAAAUUAAUUAUCCUUGCCUAAACUUUCUUCAUAACUUUUUGAUCCAUUCAGAAUGAAAUUUUAUAAGUAAUCAGUAAUAAUAAAUCUUGCCUUGAAAAGAUACUUGACACUCCCAACCACUUACAUUGUGAAUGUCUUUCUCUGAUUUCUAAUAUGUAAAAAAAAAAAUAUCAAAAAAGAAAACCCAACUGUUUGAUUUUUUUUCAAUUUUAUGUAUAUAUAAUUUCUUUUUAGCUUUUAAAUAUUUAAAUAUUCCAUUAUUUUACAUGUGAAUUCCUCAUUUAAUAUUUUUUUUUUCUAAACCUCCAAGAAUUUUAUUGAACAAAUACAAUAUAUGUAUUUACAUCCCUUUUUUUGCUUGUUCUUUGUACUGCUCCAAGGUGUUUUAAGGUCCUCAUUUAAUAAAAUUAGCAGAGAUGAGCUACUUCAUGUAAUGAAGUAGAUAAUCUCUGUUAAUUUACAAAUAAAAUAAUAAAUUUAAUGAGAAGUAGGUAAUAGCUUGCUUAUCUUUAUUUAAAUGUUUUAUUUUAUUUCAUAAGAAAUAUGAUUUACAAGUUCGUAGUUUAAUUAUAAUAAAAUUCUAUUUGUUCAUUCCACUGUUUAUAUUUACUUUUACACUUGAUUACAUUAAUAAGAUCAAAACGGAAUGAACGAUUAAUAAAAGGAAACUAAUUUAAUAAACUGCUAAAAGAAUGCAUAAAUAAAUAUAAUUGAAAAAUUAUACAUAAUUCCGAUUAAUAAAAAAAAAUGUUUCUUUUAAAAUAAUAGUUGAACUAUUCGCCCACAGACAGUAGCACAAAACAAGGAAGCUAAAAAUAAUAUUUCUAAAUAGCGCCGCAAGAUGCCAGCACUAUCCAAGCAGGCAAGGCUUGAAAAUAUGAUUCUUUACUAAAAGUUAUUAAGUGAUUUUAAUUAAAUUAAUAUUCUUUUCCUUAUAUAUAAAUAGCAGAGCCCGGCAAUUUCCUCUUCGGGUUAAAUUUAGAUAAUGUAUGCCUGUUUAAUAAAUCAAUUAAAAUAUGAAGUUCAUAUAAUUAAUUGAAUAACAUUUAAUUAUUGAACUAGAAAAACAAAAGGACUGACCAUUAAAAAAGAAAAAAAAAACCAAAAUGUUUGAUAUAAAUAGUUUUCAAUUUUAUGCAUAUAUAUUUCAAAUUACAGCUUUUUAACUUCUACAGUCUUUCUUCCUUUCUUACAUAUUUUCCAUAUUGAUCUCUCAAUUAUUGAAAUAUAUACAUAAUAUAAUAUCAACCCCAUAUCAAAUAAUUACUUUAAUAGGAAGUAGUUUCUUUUUUAUAUUUAUUUAUUUAUUACAUUUGAUUUCAUAGUAUAUCUAAUUCACAGCUUAGUAGUUCAAUCAUAUUUAAAUUAUAUUAUUUUCGAUCAUUAUUUUACGCUUAUUUUCACAGUUUAUUACGUUAAUGAGAUGAUAAAAGAAUGUACAAUUGAUCAAGCAUGCUGUUUAAUAAAUUAUUAAAAACAUUCUACAAUAAAUAAGAUUGAAAAAUUAUACAUGAAUUAAAAAUUUCGAAUUAUUAAUCGAAAAAUACUCUUUUUCGAUUUUUGAAAUUAUAGUUGAGUUGUUUGUCUAAAGAUAGCAGCAUAAAUCAAGGAAUCUAAAGCUACAGUAAAGGAAGCGAUUUUAUUUUAUAAUUAUUAAGUCACUUUAGUGUUUAUUAGAUGGUGCUGUUUUUUAUUUAAAAUAAUUAAAUUUAAAAAAAAGUUGUUAUUUUUGCAUUUUGGUAUUGCUUAAAUGCUUAUUUAUGUAAUUCCUAACACUGCAGGCUAGCACAGCUUCCCAUAAUUUGUUAAUGAGUUAAAAUUGUGUAUAGCGAAUUCUGUGAUCUGUUUUUUUCCUGAAGUUUAUUGUCAUAAGAUGUUAUAUAGACUAAAGUUAGUGUAUGAGUUUCGUAUGUGUUAAAUAAUAGAUUAUUUUGUAAUGUAUUUCAUCAUUAGAAAUUACAGAACUUAGUUUAGUUAUUUAACACUAAUUUCUCAAAAGUAUACAUUGUGAGUGAAGUGAAGGUUUGAGUGCAUCUAGAGAUUUUCACUAUGUAUAUAAAUAUGGGUAUGUAAUAGUUUUCGUAUGUAUUUUUAUAUAUAUAUAUAUAUAUAUAU